AUGGUCUACUAUUUUACUUCAACAGUUGUUGAUCCACCAGCCUAUGUCUACGUAGGCAAGGACAAGUUUGAGAAUGAGGACCUCAUCAAACAUGGUUGGGAAGAGGAUGUUUGUGCACACAUUUACCUGCGGCUGAGAGAGGGCGAGACCUGGGAGAACAUACCUGAGCCUCUCGUCACAGAUUUGGCACAGCUUACCAAGGCCAACUCCAUCGAAGGUAACAAGAAGGACAACAUCACCAUUAUCUACACACCAUGGUCGAAUCUGAAGAAGGACGGCAGUAUGGCAGUCGGCCAGGUCUCCUUCCACAACGACAAAAAGGUCAAGAGAAUCCUAGUGCGUGAAAGGGAAAACGCAAUUAUCAACAGGCUCAACAAGACCAAGGUUGAGAAACACCCCGAUCUGAAGCAAGAGAAGGACGACCGGCUGCGGGAGUUGCGGAAGAAAGAUCAGGCAGCCCAAUUGGCAAGAAAGAAGGAAGACGCCCGAGUGAAGAAGGAGAGAGAACAGCUCAAGUACCAGAAAGACCACGCGUACGAUGACAUCUUCAGCGAGGAGAAUAUGGCGGCAUCGAGCAACCAAGAUCGAGACGAGAACUGGGAGGAUGACUUCAUGUAG